AUGCCUCCAGCUCGCCCAGCGGGCACUCCUCAACCACAUAGCCACGGCCACCACCACCAUGCCCACCAUAAUCACAACCAUCCGCGCAGUCCAAAUGAGCAUCUGAUUCAGUUCUACAACGGCGAGGACUCCCUCUUCGACGCAAUUUCGAGCUUUAUCCUCCCGAGUUUCUUCAGCAAUGAGCAUGCCGCCGUCAUCGUGGCGACGAAAGCCCAUCUCGAGGCACUCGAUCUGUAUCUGCGACAACAGAACCUGGUGCCCGAGCUGUUGCGGAAAAGAGAGCAGAUGUUUCUCGCGCCAGCCGAAGUCAUCCUGAAACAGCUGAUGCCCAAUGGGAAGGUGGAGGAAAAGAUAUUCUUCGACUUCUUCACGCCGCUCUUCCAGAAGCUGCAGAAGCGCUAUCCGAGACUGCUGGUUUACGGGGAGUUGGUCAACAUCCUCUGCGAAAACGGUGAGCACGAGCAGGCACAUGAGCUCGAGGAGGUCUGGGAAACGUUCCUUGCGGGGAAGGAUGCCGCAUUGCUCUGCGGGUACAACUUGAAUGUCUUCGCGAAAGACGGUUUGGAGGAUGUGUUUCAGAGGAUUUGCCGGUCGCAUUCGCACGUAACACCCGCCGAGGAGGCCACAAGUGGGAAGGUGUUUGGGAAGCCGGAGGAUCAACCUAUGGUUCUUGCUAUGCUUCAGCAGAAGAACUUGCGAUUGGAGGCGGAGAUGGGACGCAGAGCUGCCGUCGAGACUACUUUGAGGGCGACCUUAGAUCAUUUCGGCUCGAGGUCGACGGAUGCCAUACAGGUCCAGGAACGGGACGGUUCGGUGUCGCAUAUCAACCUGUUGCCUGUCGGCAUCAUGGCCGCCACGACGAAUGAUGGAAUCACGGAUUACUUCUUCAACGACAGGUUCUUGGAGGUUUCGGGUCUCAGCCGGAUGGCGGUGGAGAUGGAUCCUGGGUGGGUCGGUGCGGUUCACUAUCAGGAUAGGGAACGUGUGAGCCAUAAUAUUCGCCUCGUGGACGGCAAGACGAGGCGUAUGGAAUACCGCUUUGUACUCUCCGACGGUUCGAUUCGGUGGGUGCUGGGCGAGUCGGUCUCGAAGGAGUCGGGUUAUGUGCACACCGCGGUCGAUAUCACUUCGCUCCGGGGUGAAAUUGUGCCGCCGCAACCGUUUCCUCCGCAACCGUCAUCGAGAUCGAGGACAGGAUCGAUAGCGUCGGGCAACGGCGUGGAGCUACCGCCUUGGGUGAGUGCGCACCUCGGAGGCCGCAAGAGGAGUAUCGGCUUCAGCCGUAUUUCUUCGCCCAGUGGACCUUCCUCCGGUUCUGGAGGCCAGAGUCCGGUCAAUGCCAUAUUCGCACGCUCCCGUCCAAAUGAUUCAAAAGUUGCUACCGACUUGAUAAGAUUGACGCAGUUGCUGUGGGAGAACCUGUUCCCACACCUGUCUCCCUUGCACCCUUCCUCUCCGGACCCAGCGGAGGCCAAUAUCGCCGCGAGACUCUCGAUCCUGUACACGUGGUAUCGCGCGCAGCCCCGAACCUUCAUUCCGGACUCAUCGACGUUUGAUAUCAAUAACGAUGCGCUUCAGAAAGCCAACAUAAGACUCACGCACAUCGAAUACUUUGGCUCGAUAAUAUUGCUGUCUCGGUUCCCGCUCAUCCGUGCCAUUGAACGAGGAGAUCUCCCACGCGACACGGCUCAAUCUCGACGGGAGACUGCAGCUGGCAGUCGCAAGAACGAGCUGGAUGACCUGCAGUACGCGGAAGGCUGCAUCGACGCAGCCAUCAAUGCACUUAGUCACGUCCACGCCCUUGUGGCACCGAUAUCACUGUCCUCUUCCAACACCUCGCCGCUAGCAGUUUUUGUUGAUCACGAUUCCGACGUUCGAGAUGUUCGCUCAUGUCGUGCGGUGCUGGGUGUGUUCUUUGCCGCUGCGGUAACCGUGUUGCUGCAUCUUUCGCUUCAGCCGGAGGGUUCUGCCGAGCUCCGUCACAACGAGGGCCUCUUGGAUAGGGUUUCGCGCAUCAUCGACGACCUGAGUGCUCUUCCCGAGACACAAGAUAUGGCCCGCUUCUUCCGUGCCAUGCUGAGACCGUUCAUCUCUGCUCUAGUAGCACGAAUCCAUUCCCAUCCCCCCCACCACCACCAUCCGGAAAACGGAUCACUCGGCACCUCCGGAAAACAAUUGAUCACUGACAUCACGAUGCUCCUCAAACAUCCAACCGUGGGCGUCGAAUGGCUACCCUUCAAAGGUUCGUCAUGGUCUUGGCGGGAUCUCUUGUCCACCCCGGAGCUCGGGCCGGUAGGAGGCAGGAUGGUCGGCGAUGCGAGAAAUUCGACUUCGGAGCGCACGUAUAGGGGAGGCGGAGGAGGAAGCAGCCCACCACAGGGACUGGACAAGCGGGCCAGGAUAGGCAACGAGGACGCCGCGCCCUCCUCCACCGCGAUCCGCUCAACAAAGGAGGCUGUCGAGGAGUGGAAUCAGGGACAAGCUCCCGUGAGCAAAGAGCUCGAGGCAUUGUUCAAGAAUAAAACUUCGGCUACGUAA